AGUCGCGUUUUAACAGCUGGAUAAAUUAGACGUUCUUGUCGUUUUAUUCUUGAUUAUUUUCUUACAAAUUAAUUAUGGAGAGGGAUUUGAACGAGCGAGAGAAGGCUGGCGUUCCAGACGCUGUUCUCUUGGAGGACUACACAAAUGAAAAUAUUUUCCUCGAGAAUUUGGAAAAACGUUUCGGCGAGAACAUCAUUUAUACCUACAUUGGUCAAGUGUUGGUUUCUGUGAAUCCUUAUAAGGAACUUCCAAUCUAUUCCGAGGAAGAUGUUCAAGCAUAUCGCAAGAAAUAUUUUUUUGAAGUGCCGCCUCAUGUUUUCGCUGUGUCUGAUAACGCUUUUCGAUUGUUGCUUGAAGAGAACCGCAGUCAAUGCAUAUUGAUUUCAGGCGAAAGUGGGUCAGGAAAGACAGAAGCGUCGAAAAAAGUUUUACAAUUUAUUGCUGCUGCUUCCGGGCACAUUGAAAGUGUUGAAUCGGUGAAGGAUAAACUUGUGCAAACAAAUCCAAUCCUGGAAGCGUUUGGAAAUGCCAAAACCACGAGAAAUAAUAAUUCCUCCCGUUUCGGAAAGUAUAUGGACAUAAAUUUUAAUUGGCAAGGCAUUCCAGACGGUGGAAAUAUUUUAAAUUACCUUCUGGAGAAGUCACGUAUUGUUCAUCAAAACAUAAAUGAAAGAAAUUUUCAUAUUUUCUAUCAAUUGAUAAGCGGAGCUGAUGACGCACUUUUAGAACAUUUGUAUUUAAAACGUGAUUUAAAUACUUACACUUAUCUCAGUAAUGGCGAUAAAACAUCAAAGUCGACUGAUAAGAAUCUUGACGACAAUGCCAAUUUUCGUACGGUGAUGCAAGCGCUAAAAACAAUCGAAAUGCCUGAAGAAGAGCAAAGAGAAUUGAUUGAGAUUAUUGCAAGUGUUUUGCAGCUUGGUAAUGUAACAUUUGGUGAGGAUGAGUUGGGAAAGGCGGUGGUUUAUGAAAAUGAAGCAAUUCAUGCUGUUGGGAAAGUUCUUGGAAUUGAUGAUGAGAAAUUGCGGCACUCGUUGACACAUCGAACGAUUGACGCUAAUGGUGAUUUAGUGACUUCUCCAUUAGAUCGUGACAUGAGUUUCUAUGCUCGAGAUGCUUUAGCGAAAGCUGUCUACACGAGAUUGUUUGAUUGGUUGGUGACUAGAAUUAAUCUUUCACUUCAAACCACUUCAUCGUUAUCGAAAUCUAAUACCAAUCAUGUUCUUGGUAUUCUCGAUAUCUACGGCUUUGAAGUCUUCGGAACAAACAACUUUGAGCAACUUUGUAUUAAUUUCUGCAAUGAAAAACUUCAACAACUUUUCAUUGAAUUAACAUUGAAGCAAGAACAAGAAGAAUAUUUGAGGGAAGGCAUCGAAUGGGAGCCUGUGAGUUACUUCAACAACAAAGUUAUUUGCGAUCUUAUCGAAGAGAAGCACAUUGGAAUCAUUGCUUUGAUGGAUGAAGAAUGUCUUCGACCUGGUGAUGCUACCGACUUGACUCUUCUUGAGAAGAUGAAUGAACGACUUACUGAUCAUCCACAUUACAUUUUCUCAAGUUCUCGAGCUAGUUUGUUGAUCAGAAAAUCUGUUGGAAUUAAUGAAUUUACUCUUCGUCACUAUGCUGGCGAUGUUAAGUACAACGUUGAUGGUUUCCUGGACAAGAACAACGAUUUGUUGUUCAGAAACUUAAAGGAAGCUAUGUCGGUGUCAGAAAAUGGAAUUAUGAAACUUUUAUUCCCUGAAAAUGAAUUUUUGAAGUCACGCAAACGUCCAAACACGGCAAUAACUCAAUUUAAGAAUUCAUUGAACAACUUAAUGGACAUUCUUGUGUCGAAAGAGCCUUCUUACAUUCGUUGCAUUAAACCAAAUGAUAUUCAAGGACCGAAUACGUUCGAUACAGAAAUUAUACGACAUCAGGUGAAAUAUUUGGGGCUGAUGGAAAACUUGCGAGUUCGACGUGCUGGUUUUGCAUAUCGUCGAGAUUACGAAGCUUUCCUUCAACGCUACAAAUGCUUAAGUAAACGAACAUGGCCAAAUUGGCAUGGACAACCGCGUGAUGGUGUUCAAGCGUUAAUUGAUGAUUUGAAAUAUGAUCGUGAAGAUUAUCGCAUGGGAAAGACGAAAAUAUUCAUUCGACUUCCUAAAACUUUGUUUGCAACUGAAGAUGCUUUCCAACAUCAGAAAAAUUAUGUUGCAUCGAAGAUUCAAGCACGAUGGAAGGGACGAAAACAACGAGAGAAAUAUUUGAAGAUUCGUGCAGCUAUUAUCAUUGUGCAAGCUUUAGUGAGACGUUUCUUAGCAAAGAAACACUUGGAGCAGCGUAAAAAGGCAGUCACUCGUGUUCGAUUCUUCAUUAGAGGAUUUAUCACAAGAAAUGAUCCACCAAAUGAAUGCAACGCUGCCUUUAUCAAGACUGUUAAGCAACAUUGGUUGAUUCGUUUAUCAAAACAGUUACCCAAGAGUUUCAUGCUUCAUACUUGGCCAACACCUGCACCACAUUGCCAAGAACCUUCUGACUUACUAAAGCAAAUGCAUUUACUUCAACUUGCACGAACUUAUCGUCUUUCUCUUAAUGAAGACCGCAAGAAACAAUUCGAGAUGAAGGUUCUUGCUGAAGAUCUUUUCUUGAAUCGAAAGAAGAAUUACCAAGAAAGUGUUCCCAAUUGGUUUAUCAAUGAGCGACUGACUGAACAACAGAAAGUUAAUGUUAAUAACUUUACGAAAAAUUCACAAUUUGGAGAGAAAGUUAUUUACACAACAAAGUGCAUGAAAUACGAUCGACAUGGUUACAAGCCACGUGAAAGAAUUCUUAUCAUUGGCGAAAGAAGCUUUUUCCUACUCGAUGCGAAGUCUUUCAAGCAGAAGCAUCGCAUUCCUUUGACAAAGUUACCAAAAAUUGUGCUGACAAAAGAGAGAGAUGGAUUGUUGUUGAUUAGAAUUCCACUUGAACUAAAGAAAGAUAAAGGUGAUCUUAUCUUAGAUAUUCCGGCAGUUAUCGAGUGUGCUGUGUGGUUUGUUAUGGCUUCGAAGAAAAAUGAUAUGGUCGAGAUAGUCGACAGCACAUCAUUUUCACACAACAUGCUAUCAGGAAAGUCAGGAACAAUUCAAGUUGAGAAAGGAACUGCUCCGAUCACGACAAUAACUCGUGCCAAAUCAGGAAACUUACUUGUGAUUGCAGCUCAGAAAAUCAAAAUGGGCAAGCAAACAAAAUGUUCAGACUUGAAUCUCAACGACUCGGGCUCGUUUUUCUUCUGGGGAUUAAUCGCUCUGUUAUUUGUUCUUGUCGUUGGAAACUUCAUUAUAACUUUGACAAUAAUUUCGUUCUUUAAGAUCGGAAUGGGCAUGGAAUCGAUUAAGUUAAUUCCGGAACUAAAGGCAAUUAAAUUUUACGGAGUCACAGACUUCAAUAAAGUAUAUAAAAAAGACGGUCUGAUUGAGAGUUUUCGUGAAUCGCCAGCAGUCAUUGAAUCUGACAACAACUUCAUCAAAUUCAAUUUAAUUGAUCGAAAAGGUCAAUUAACGAAUCGAUUUAUGAUGGGAUCAAAUGGAACUGAAUUGAAAGCCGUAAAUGUUGUAAUGAUUCGAGAUCCCGUCACGAAUCUUCCAAUUUUUUCCACCUCAAAACUCAAAUACAACAUGGCAAAGCCAUCAAAGAAUCUCGAAGCGAAUAUUGUUCAUGUUGCUGAAGUUGUGAGUCCCAUCGACAAAAAACUCGAAUUUCAAUCGAUCAACAUGUUCAUACGAGGUAUCGAGGGCACAAGAAUUGAAGGAAAAGAAAUUUUUGUGUCAUCAGAACAAAAUAUCUUCCUCAAAUCUUCAAAUGGAUCAAUUACAUUUAAUGCACAAAACGGAGUAUACAUCGAUAUUGAUAGAAUUCCUGUUGCACCUGAUGUCGAAUACAACCAAGUCAGAAACGAUCUGCAAUAUAAAUUGUGUGUCUGUUAUCCAAAAGGCGCAUUGUAUCGAGUCGCAUUAUCGAAACUUCAUGGCAUUGACGAUCCAUGUCGUCACUUUGAUAAACGACAAUAUAAUCCAUGUGUUUAAAUAACGCACAAUUAGGUACUUGAUCCCUUCUACGCUAAACUUAUCCUACUCAUAUCAAUUAACCUUAAGCACGACUUAUUGUAACGACAAAAAUCAUUUGAGAAUGUUUGAAGCAUUUGUUCACAUAUCUCAAGGAUUCUAUUUAAGAAAGCAUUUUGUAGUUGAAUGUAAAGGAAUUCUAAUAAUUAGUUCGAACCAAUAAAUAUCGUUUUUGA